UAGAGUUCUUGCAAAGAAGAUGGCUGAUGAAGCUAAUUUAGAAAGAGGAGCUCUUGAAAAUCGUGCUGAAAAUAUGGAAAAUACUUUGAAGGAAUUGAUGGCUUCCUUCCAAUCCCUUCAAGCAACCUUAGUCACAAAGGCACCUUUGACAACAAAUCCUUUGUUUGAAGGAGAUGUUCCAAUGGCAAAUCUCCCUAUGGCCACAUUUGCUUUAACUCUUGAGAAAGGGCCUAUGUCAUCUUGCCCACCUAAUCCAACUAUUAGUGGAACUUCUGGGACAAAACCAUUUAUUGUAAAUGCUGGUGUUGCUGUAGUUCAAUCUAAUGAAAAUGAUCAAGUAAAGACUCAAGUUGUCAAGCCAAUCAUAGAGAUGAAGACAAGGCAAUUAAAGCGAAGUUCAAGGGUUUCAAGUCCAAGGAAAGUUGCCCAAAAUCGCAAGAAAGAAAAUGACAUUGGCACCAUUAGCGCAGUUUAUGAGGCAUACAGGAGAAAUAAUCAGCCACCUCUUCGAGGGCAAUUCAAAAAUUCUUUCCAAGCUCCAACUUAUCAACUGUCAAUUUUUACAAGUCAGCCAAGGCCACUUUAUGCCUCUGGGAUCAAUCAUCCACAACAAGAAAGAGCGAGACGACAUUUUGACAAGCUUCCUUUAUCAUAUACUGAAGUGUUUCGACAAUUGGUAGCAGCUGGUCUUGUUAUUCUUGUACCCAUGAUGCCAGUAAAACCACCAUUCCCAACGUGGUACAACCCACAGGCAAGACGUGAACACCAUAGUGGAAGUGUUAGGCAUCACCUUGAAAAUUAUCUAGCUUUAAGGCACCGUGUUCAGGAUUUGAUAGAUGCGAAGGAGUUGCAAAUCGCAUCAGAACCUGAAGUUGUUGGUUCAAACAUUGCUAAAAAUCCUUUACCAACACAUGAUGGUCCAAUAGAAUUCCCUAUUGAAGAUAUCUCUCUUAUGACUAGAAGUGGGCGUAGUUAUGGAGAAGGCCAAUGCAAAGGGAAUGAAUCACAAAAAGGAAUCAUUAUUGAGGAAAUACAUGAGGAGCAAGUCAAGAAGUCUGUUUCAGAGCAGGAGAUAAAUGAUUUCCUUAGCAUUUUGAAGAGAAGUAAGUACAGUGUGGUAGAGCAACUUAAUCGUAAUCGUACUCCUGUUAAGGUCUCUAUUUUACAACUCUUGCUGGCUUUAGAGACCCACCAAAAUGCUUUGUUAAAGAUUUUGAAUGAGGCUCAUGUGCCAAGGGAUAUUGAUAUGGAAAAUUUCAACAAUGUGAUAGGGACUAUUCUGGCACCAAAUUUUAUCAACUUUACUGAUGAUGAAAUCCCUGAAGAUGGAAGAGGGCAUGGGAAGGCUCUUCACAUUUCAGUGGAGCAGUCAAACAUUAAGCCUUGUAAGACAACAGUUCGUGCUUCUGAUGGCACAAGGAAAGAGCUUGCGUUUAAUAUGUUGCUUGGAAGGCCUUGGAUUCAUAUGGCUGGUGUAGUACCUUUUACUUUGCAUCAGAAGCUGAAAUAUAUUGUGGGUGAUUCUUUGGUUACGGUGAAUGGUGAAAAGGAUUAUGCUAUCUAUAAGGCAACAUCUGUGCCAUAUGUAAAAGUAGACUCUCAAAACCAAGAAGUAAUUUACCACUCUAUGGAGAUUGUCUCAACCACAUAUGUUGCGGAAUGCAUGGUGUUAAGGACACCAGAUCUUUCUAGAGUGAGUAAAAGGGUUGCUAAGGUAAUGAUGGAAAAUCAUUUUAAAGUUGGAAAAGCCUUAGGAAUUGGACUACAAGAAAUUGAGGAACCAAUUGAGGUGAUUGAUACAUUAGUGGGGUUUGGCUUGGGAUAUAGGCCCACUUGGAAGGAUUGGUUGUGGAUGAUAACCACGAAAGUUGAAAGGCAUCGAGCUAAGUUAGAAGGAAGAAAACCAAAUGAGGAACAACUGCAUAUUCCUCAUAUUCGUGUGACAUUUCCAAAACCUACUGAAGUUGUGUGUGGAUAUGGCAUAAAGCCAACGGAUGAAGCUCUCAAAAAGGAGAAUUUAAGAAUUGAUUGGAUUCCAAUUGCUUAUAAUGACGAGGUGAUUGUAGAGGAUGCAUCAGAUGAUGAAGAUAUGGGAACUUUUGAUUUGUUCAAGUCUUUUGCUUCAACAAACGAUCAUGGUUUGAGCACUUCUUUGGACAAGUUAAGCAUAUGCGUCAUUGAUGAAGGGAUGGAUGAUGACAAGGUUAUCCUGCCUACUCAGAGUGAAUCUUUGGAUAGCUAGACAAUAGAGAUUCUUCCUGUUCUUAUCAUUAAAUCAUAAGAUGUGUCAAUCUUCUUGUGGUUAAGCUUGUGACCAUGAGAAGAGAUUGUUAAACAAGCCUUUUAUAUUUUAUUAAGCAUUGAAGGCAUGACAAAUAGUGUUCCCAUUCAGUUCAUUUCAAUAAACAAUGUUACUCUCA